AUGACAGUUCAUCACCUUAAAUCAUUUGCAAUUUUACUGUGCUGGGGUUUUCCAUUUUUCCCCUUUCUUUGCCACCGUCGAAACGAUCGAACAGUGUUAUAUAGAAAUUACAGAGUGAUCCAUCAAAAGAAACAUACAUAUCUUCACCGUAGUUUCAAUUUUGUCACUAGAGGUAAAUUGGUCAUUUUAACCAGUUAUAUCCAGUCCUGCCAUGUCUUACUAAACGCUGAACAAUUUGCUUCAAAUCAGUUAUCAUUCCCUCUUGAGAAACGUGUCAAAGCGGGAAUAGUGCCAGCAGUAAUAGUGUUCGGAGAUUCAAUAGUAGAUACAGGAAACAACAAUUACUUGGAGACAAUUUUCAAGGUCAAUUACCCUCCUUAUGGCAAAGACUUUUUUGGAGGUCAACCCACUGGCAGGUUUUCCAAUGGCAAAGUUCCUUCUGAUUUCAUUGUGGAGGAACUCGGAAUUAAAGAAGUAUUACGGCCAUAUCUUGAUCCAAGCCUAGGGAUCGAAGAUCUACUAACAGGAGUGAACUUUGCCUCCGGAGGUGGUGGAUACGAUCCCCUUACAUCCGAGCUUGCGUCAGUGAUAUCACUUGAGGAACAAAUAGAGUUGUUCAAAGAGUACAUUGAGAAGGUGAAGUCAAUGGCAGGAGAGGAAGCAGCAAAUACAAUUUUAAGCAAAGGACUGUUCAUCGUGGCAACGGGGAGCAAUGACGUCACCAACACCUACUUCAAUAACCCUCUCCGGAAAUAUCACUUUGACUUUGACUCCUACACCAGUCUCAUGCUCCGUUCUGCUUCCUCGUUUUUACAGGAUUUAUACAAUUUAGGUGCUCGAAGGAUAGGCGUUUUUGGUGUACCACCUAUAGGAUGUCUACCAUCACAAAGAACUUUGAAAGGAGGAACACUAAGAGCAUGUGCAGGGAACUACAAUGAGUUAGCAGAGUUGUUUAACACCAAGCUAUCAAUGGAGAUCAAUUCCUUAAGCCACAAUCUCCCUUUUGCAAGGAUGGUUUACAUUGAUGGUUAUUAUCUUCCACUUGACAUCAUACAAAACCCUGCCAAAUAUGGGUUUGAUGUUUCCAACAUAGGAUGUUGCGGCACGGGUACUAUAGAGGUAGCUUUCUUAUGCAAGUACACAUGUACAAAUGUGUCGGAGUACGUAUUCUGGGAUAGCUUUCAUUUUACAGAGAAUGCAUACAGAAUCAUCGUUGGUGAUUUCCUCAACAAACAUAUGAACUACUUACUUAAGUGA